GCGCACGACGCUCGCCCGACGCCUCGCCCGCGCGCUACACAGCACCCGCAUCAACCUGAACACCAUGGUGAAGGUUCACAUCACGUACUGCGGAGGCUGAGGCUACGCCCCGAAGUAUAAGCAGGUGGAGAAUGCUAUCAAGGCGAAGUUCCCGAGCGUCGAAUCCUCGGGCGAACCCACGCCGACGUCCAGCGGCGCGUUCGAGGUCGUCCUCGACGGCACCGACCUCGUGCACUCGAAGCUCAACGGCGACGGCCACGUCGACUCGAUGGAAAAGCUCGAGAAGAUCCUCGCCGCCAUCGAGGCGAAGGGCGCGGGGGCCGCGUGAGCGAGUGAACACUCGCGAGAGCGCAGUUAAAUGGAGAGAGAGAGUGUGAGAGGAGUGACGCGAUAUCGCCUCGCGUCGACCGCGCGCAUCGCUCGCGAAUGACGCGCGCCGCGCAAAGGGUACCUUCCCUGGCGGCGACGCUGAGAUGUGGUCUCGUUCGAGCGUUUCUCCAACGCGCGAACGGCCACGAGCGAUCGCGCGACCGCGCGAGGACGACGUCACGUCACUCUCGACACUUUGUAUUAAUGACACGAAUCAAAGUUCUGGUUG